AUGACGUGUGAUUCGCCACAUCUUUACAGAUUGCAAUUAGGCACCAAAUUUCUAUUAAUUUCACAAAAUGGAGUUGCUGGUUCCACUUGCAUUGCUUGUCAGCGUCUUCCUCGCUUUUCUUCUUUUGUCCCCGCGACAUCCCAAAAAUCUGGGAGUAAAGGAAAAUCAGCUCAGCCUAGCUUAAACAAUCAUAAGGCAUCAAAGUCGUACACUAAAUCUGAAGUCUCAACGCAUAACAAGAGAACAGAUUGUUGGAUAAUUAUCAAGAACAAGGUAUAUGAUGUUACCUCUUAUGUAGAGGAACAUCCAGGUGGUGAUGCCAUUCUAGCACAUGCUGGAGAUGAUUCAACUGAAGGGUUUUUUGGGCCACAGCAUGCAACUCGAGUGUUUGACAUGAUUGAUGACUUUUACAUUGGAGAUUUGGAGCAAUAGUAGCUAUGUUAUUGAUUUAUGGUCUGUGAUAUUCAAGAGAGAUGCCGUUUGAGAAUUUUCAAUUUUUUAUUGCUUGUUACCCCAAUGAGCAUAGUGUAGCUGAGACAAUGAUGGCAUAGUGGCUAGGGGAAGAGGGAAACCUAAGCAGAUUUUGAAUGAGUUGAUAAGAAGAAAUUUGGGCCGAGUUCAAAUGUAAUUCAUGAGAGGGUUUAAUGGCGUUGUUUUGUCCAUGUAGUUGAUCUCGACUAGCAGGACAAGGUUUUGUUGUUUUUAUUGUUAUCCCCUUACAUUUUGCACUUUUGUGCCGAUCAAUUAUCUUUGUUCGUCAUUAAUUGAAGCAUUUGAACUGUGAAGUAAUCUUAGGCUUGAUAUCAAUUCAAGAAAGUUAUGAUAUUUUAGCGUUCCUCUUGGCAAUAUGCCCGGAGCCGGAAAACAUUGCAGGUUCUCUUCCUUUCAUCCACCAUAUUUAUCUUUAUUAUGUAGGCUUGUUAUCUUUAGUAAUUUGUUGGACAUAAGUAGAAGAAAUUAAUACUUAAG